UUAUUUGAGAAACUGAAAAGCUAUCCAAAAGCUCAGACAAACAUGCCUAGCCUCCCCCGUACGCCGACCCUAUCCCCUCCCCUAGAAUUAAUUUGCUCCCCCUGACCAGAUCUUGCCCAGUGUGCCUCGUCCUGUUCUUAAAUUAUUCACCCGGUCAAGCACAGGAACCAGCGAGAAUUGGAGCCCCGGGACGUCUAAAGGCCUACAGCACCCGGUAGUUGGAUUUGGAGGAGCGGAGCCUCGUCCUGCGAUUUUUGGGGAAGCAGCAGAAGAAGCGUCUCAAGUCCAGGGGAAAGGGAAAACGAGAGGUUAGCGGGCGCCUCUGGCAGGGCAGCGUGCCAGCGUGUUUGACCAUUGACAGCGUCAAAAAGUACCCGUGCUGGCACUGAUGUUCUAGGUCCUACCGGCUCAUGGAAAACUCAGAUGCCAGAGCGUUUCGCCUUGUCAGAUGUCCAAGAUGCCACAGCAUUCUUACGGAACCCGUUGUAGCAGCUGUCUACCGAUGCGGUGGAUGCGGUACUAUUCUUCGAGCGAAAAUCCGCACCGGCAGCACGGCAGAAUCGGCUGGUGCUUCUUCAAGGAAGGGACGUGAUCAGAGUGCCAAUCCUGAAGUCUCUGACAUCUCUGAAGCUCGCGAACAAAGAUGGAGCAGUGAUGCAGAGCGCAGUGCUACAUCUCCAGGCGGCAGUGUCCACUUGACCAAAGGAAGCAACGAUUCUACUUCUGAAUUGCAGAAUGAGAAGAAGAAGACGAGCAAAGGCCAGGCUGCCUUACUCGACGCUGCAACAAUGCACCAUUCAGGUGAAGUGGCAGCGCAACCACUAUUCAACGAUCACGAAGAACCUGCACCCAAAUCAGCUCAAGCCGCACAAUCUGCACGAGAUGUGUCGCGAAAGGAAGAUGAUACCGCCGCCGCUGCUGCUGCCAGAGGAAAGGUGCCGGAGAUUCAAUCAGAAAACUCGGGGCCCUUGUGGGAUCAGCAGAUGUUGAAGACAGCCGAUGAUCUCCCGCUCAGAGCACUAGAGCCAUCUGCGACGCACAAGCUACCGGCAGCCAUGGAGGCCAAGCACCGCCUGCCAGCCCGCAACCACUGCCGUCCGAUCCUGAAGGGCGCGCCGUUCAUCAUCUGCUCCGGCUGCUUCAAGCUCGUCCAGGUGCCCGCCGGCUUCGCUGUCUCCACCAAGACAGUGCACAAACUGCAGUGCGGCUCCUGUUGGACUGUUCUCUCCUACGCCUACAGGGUUCCAGCCAGGAAGAAGCCUGACCAGAAAUCGAUUGAUCAGCUGCGCAUACACAGUUCAAAACUGUGGGCGGAUGCAGCACUGCUCUUGUUGGAGGUUCUCGGCGCCCCCCGUCGAGUCACGAGGAAAGGGCUGGAUACAUAUUCAUGUAGCUCCACAUUAACCGAGGAAGAUUCUAUUGGUACCUAUAAAUAUUCAUAUAAACAGGUUGAGAAAUCGCAGUCUAGUUUUUAUGAGGAUAUACGGGCAUGGUUUGCUAUGGAAAAUCGGUAUGGAGAAGGCCUAGACCACCAUACAUGCAUGCAACAGGUUGGUCCUAAACUUCUUGGUAGAAAUGAUAUGAGGCAAAUGAUUAUGGACAAAUUAUUAUUGGAUAGAAAUGGUGGACAUAACUGUACUGUAAUUUGCAUAAAUGCUGGGAGCGGUCAUGGCAAGACUUCACUGCUCCAUGCCCUUUACAAUGACCAAGUAUUGACUGAUACUUUUGACAAAAGCAUAUGGAUACAACUUUCUGAUAAAUUAGACAUGUCAAUGCUAUUUAAGAAGAUUGUUGAGGUUGCCAUGAAUGACCAUUGCGGCAUUGCAAACCUCGGGUGUCUUCAAGAAAUGGUUAAGGAAGAAAUUACAGAUAAGAAAUUCUUGCUUUUCUUGGAUGAUGCAGAUAUAGAGGACAGGAAAUUUUGGAGUACUGUAUUAGAGGUUUUUAAUGCUGGUGCCAAAGGAAGUGCUGUUAUCAUGGCUACAAAGAGUUAUACCGUUUCUACUUUUAGAGAUGUGGCAACAGAUUUCUUUUUGUUAAAUCCUUUAUCUGAAGAAAGCAAUCUGAUGCUUCUCCAACAAUGUGCUGUUAUGGGCACUGAUAUCCAGAGCAAUCCUGAUUUACUUAUGGUUGCUCAAAGGAUCAUUUCCAGGUUUGGAGGUAAUCCUCUGUACUUGAAGGCUAUUGGUGGUCUUCUGUGCCAUGCAGACAGUUCAUUGGAAAUGGAUAACUUUGAAGGAAAUGGUAUGCCUUUACAGCUUUGCCACGAUGUUUUGCCUAUCCAUCUGAAGAAGUGCCUCGCAUUCUGUUCUUUGUUCCCCGAAGGUUACAUAUUUGAUAAACAUCACAUGGUCCCCCAAUGGAUAUCUCAUGGUUGUGUUAGGCCUGCUGAAGGCUGUGAACUUGAAGAUGCCGGAGUAGGAUAUUUCAAUGAGUUGUUGUGCAGAUCCUUCUUUCAAUAUUCACCUGUUCACAAUGACAGAUUUGUGAUGCAUGAGAUUAUAUACAAGGUGGUAGAGUCUGUCUCUCUUGACAAAUAUUUCAAGUCUGAGGACCCCACGAGCAGCAUACCAGAAAAUAUUCUUCAUUUGUCACUUGUUUCCUCUCAAUUUCGGACUAUUGAACUGAUGUCCAAAACAGAAGAGUUGAAGGAUUUGCAGACAUUCCUGGUGGUGCAACCUGAGUGGCAACCGUACAAGAUUUCUUCCCCCACCUUAAAUCUUAUCGGUUUAGCCGAUUUCUUUCUGAAGUUCACAUCCUUAGAGACGCUGGAUCUGAGCCAUACUGACACUGAAGAGCUUCCAGGGUCCAUUGUUGGCCUAAGAAACCUGCAGUACUUAUCUGUCAGCAACACAAGCAUCAGGGCUCUGCCAUCUGAGCUCUGCUGCCUCAGCAAUCUUCAGACACUGCAAGCAAAAGACUGCCGCUUCCUCACCGGAUUACCUGGGGACACAAAGAAGCUGAUUAGGCUGCGCCAUCUUGAUGUGACCAAAGAUCUGGGCUACGUUCAAUUGCCACAAGGAGUAGCACAGCUGACUGAGCUCCGGACACUGCCAGUCUUCCAUGCAAGCAGUCACCCAUCACACUGCUCGGUCAGUGAGCUGGGAAACUUGCGCAAUCUGAGGGGUUGCCUUCAACUUUCAGGACUUGAAAAUGUCAAAACUGUCAGCAAGACUCAGGAGGUUAAUCUGAAGGAUAAGCAUCACCUAAAGGAUUUGACACUGCAAUGGCACGAUGGUGGCAUAAACAUUGACGAUGAAGACGAAGACGAAGACGCACAAAAUAUGGCUGAGCAGGUGCUUGAAAGCCUCCAGCCGCACACCAAUCUGCAAGAGCUCGCAAUUAGAAGUUAUGAGGGCAGUAUGUUCCCUGCUUGGAUGCAGGGAUCUUCUUCCUUGCCCAACUUAGUGUCACUCACACUGGACAGCUGCUGCAACUGCACCCAUUUCCCUGCCAUUGCCCAGCUGCAAUCACUCAAGUUCCUGGGCGUACGGAAGAUGUACGACGUGAAGAGGCUAACCAACAACACAUGUGGCGUGACCAAGUUCCCAUCUCUUGAGCUGCUAAACCUGUGGGAGAUGUACGGUUUAGAAGAGCUGUUCGAAGCGUCCGAAGGCGACUGCCCUCGCCUGCGCAAGCUCUGCAUCAGCAGGUGCCCGGACCUGAAGAGGCUGCCCUGCGCCCCUUCUUUGACAGAGCUGGUUCUCCACUGCGGCCACCAGCUCCCGGACAUCCCGGAGCUCGAGUCCUUGGUGUCGCUGAAAAUCGAAGGCUUCCACAGCGUCAAGUCGUUCGGCCUGCCGACAUCCGCAGCGCUGAAGAAGCUGGAGAUCAGGUCCUGCAAGGAGCUCUCGUCGGUGGAGGGGCUGACGGCGCUGACCAGCGUUCAGAGGCUUAAGGUAGCAGGGUGCCCCAAGCUUGUUCUGCCAAGAACUGGUAGCCUGACGAGCUGAAUAAGAUUCUUUUCAGAGGGCCAUACCUAGCUAGAAUGUAGAUGCCACUGCAAAAGGAGGAGGACAUGGAUAUUAUAUCAACUGCUUGUGAAAUCUUCGCAAGGAAUGGGUGACAAUUUAGUGAUAGGCUAUGCUUGUAAUCUGUUUCUCAUAUACUUAUGAAAUGUGACUUGUAAUAAUGGCUGGAUAUAUCGUUUCGAUGUAGAAGAUGGGAUAUUCAUAUUCCUUUAUCUAAAAAUCUUUUGAACUUGUUACGUCCGUAAAAGCAUGGGUGAGUAGCCCCUCUGAACUUUGAAGCUGGCAACCCCAGUACUCUGGUCGACCGAAUGUAAUAACGCUUGUGUUAAGCUUUCAAUAAAGUUGGGCGUGAAGCCUUUGGUCGAUUUCAA